AUGUCCGACUCGGAGGCGCAAGCCAUCGCCGCUGAGGCAGCAUACGUGGUGAAGGAGAGUACGAUCCAAAAUUAUAGCAUGAUAGCAAUAGCCGUUGCGACAAUCACUCGUGCUUGUGGCUUGGCAUCUGAUAGCAUAGUUCUCGCUGUCACUUGGUAUUACAUGUACGAUGUCGCGCAAAUGAGCCCGCCCACUUUAGGAUCUAAGCCAAGACUGACCAGACUGCUCCUGAAAGACGGCACAUUUUACUUCAUUACGAUAGCGUUUCUCGAUAUUUUUGAUUUACUUGACUACUGGUUGUUCAGUCAUUAUUUUGAGACAUCGUAUUUUCUCGUAGUUGUUACCUCAAUAUUAGUUUCCAGAUUUCUUCUGGACGUUCGCGGCACGGUGCUGUCCACUCAUGGCCAAUUUGGACCCGAGGAACUUUCGUUCGUGCGUUCGAUGGACAUACUGCGGACUCGCACGCACGUUUCGACGAUAGCAUUCGCGUCGGACUCUUCCGUGAACAUGACAGUCCCCCAUCAGCGUAGAACGAAUUCUAGUGUCAUCUUUGGUGGGAAGGUGCCCAACAGUCCCGAUUUUGAGAACUGUGAGGAAAUGGGCAGGGAAAUUAUGGAGGAGCAGGAGCUGGCAGUCCUCAGUGGCCACAGCGAGCUCGUAAGGAGCAGCAUUGGAGAUCGGCAUGAAGUUUGA